AAACGUACGUAUGUCGCAAAGGAAGGGUGAUAGAAGCCGCUUUCAGAAGUUUGUAAUGUGCAUAACAGGAGCAACGCAUUUUGAUUGUCUGCCAUAUUAAUACUCCACCGACCAUUUGAAGAGCAACUGCCACCAGAAUGCCGAGCAGUUGCCCUGAGUGUGGCUCGUCCAGUGUGGUGGAGGAUGAUCUUUACUCUCAGAGGCAGUGGGUGUGUGAGGACUGUGGCUCAGUGGUCGAGGAGGGCCUUCUGACUACCUUACUGAGCGAUGAGACCCAGGGCAGAGCUGUGCCCUAUCAUGCUUCCACGGAGGAGAUCAAGAAACCGUGCAGAAAUCUAAUUGCUGGCUUCAUCCGGGUCCGUGCGAUGUGCCGUAUACUCAGGUUAUCCAACGACAUGGAGUCGGAAGUAGUGAGUCUGUUUGAGCGCGCUUACAAUCUCCCGAACUUCCUCCAUGUGACCUUAACCAAGAAAGAAGUCUUGGGAGGCUGUUGCAUACUCUGCGUCUGUCGCCAGAGAAACUGGCAUGUUGCCAUGGGAACCGUUGCUUACCUGUUGGGGGCGGACAAUUCGGUGAUCGGCACGGUAUAUCAGGAGCUCUUAAAGAGUCUGAACAUUAAGGCCACCACUACAGGCAUCACAGAACUGAUGGAAAGCUUCUGCUACGAUUUUAAGCUGGGUCCUACACAGGUGGAGGAGGUGCUCUCUGAAACCCCCCAGCGGCUGCUGGACCGGAUGUCUGCUUUGAUUGAACUUGCUGCUGAUACCUGGAUCGUGACGGGACGCCAGCCGUUGCCUCUCCUCAUGGGAUCGGUGUAUGUGGCCUGGCAGUCGCUGAAUCCCUCGGCCCGCAUGAAAUACUCCUUCAGGACGUUCUGCAAGAUUGGAAAAGCACCGGAGCAGUCGUGGCGCAGAAGCCGAGAUACGGCCCUGAAGCGUGUGAGCGAGCUGCUGGAGGUGCUGUGUAAACUGGGCCGAGAGCUGCCGUGGCUGAGGGGCGUCCCAGUGGAGCCCAAAACCGUGACCACGCUGGUGGAGGACAUCCUGAAGCACCGCAGGGCUUUGCUCUCGAGGGCCGUUAAAAAAUUCCAACAACAGCUGCAAAAUCAACUCUCAGAGACCCAAACGACAGAAUGUGACAAUGACCCAUCCGAGUCGAACCGCUCCGAACCGCCUUCCUCGGAGAACUCUGACUGGGCCGAAUGUGAGAAUCCUGCUGAUGAAGAAGCUACGGAGUGUCAACUACCAGCUGGCCACUGGGGUAGAAGGCACUUGUUUUUACCCCCCUGCGUGAAGAGUCGCAAGCGGCAGAGGGUGGACGUUCCACAGCUGGAAGUGACCGGAGACGAAGACAUAUCGGACAGUGAAAUUGAAUCAUACAUUCGCUCUCCGGAUGAGAUUAAAUCGUUUGUAAAGGCUCAGAAGGAGCUAAAGCAAGCGUGAUUGUCAUAUCGACGUUUACACAUAAUUAAGUUCUG